ACGCGCCAUCUUCACAAACAAAGAACACGGCUGGCUCAGACCGUAUUCGCUGUGCGUUUGUCUGCCUGUCCGUAUGCUCUGUUUGCUUCCCGAGCCGACCCGCGUGCGUGUUCUUCUCAGUUUUUAUUUGUUUUCAGCGUUUUCUCACAAAUAACAUUAUUUUCGUCCGCCACUCGCGUGUCCUGUCCUACCACAUAGGCUUUCUCGUCUCCGUCUAGCUGUUUUUACGGUACGCGAUUUCCGCACGUUGAAACGAAAAUUGUUCAACUUGAAAUUCUUUUCAUUUUUUUUGUAAUUUCUACCUAUUUACCUCCAAAACCAAAAUGAGUACGAAAGAAGCUAAGAACGACGUAGCGGUUGACAAGAUCGCAGAAAACGAUGUCGCAGAUGCCAAAGCCGACCUUAAAGGAACCAAAAGAACGGCAGACGUACGUAUUUUUUUUUGUAAAUGGUUUAAAAAAUAUUUUAUUAGUAAACCUACCGUAGAUACACGUAUAUUUACAUAACUACGAUACGACAGGUUAUCGUUAAUAAUUAUUUUACAUCUAUCCAUUCCCCGUUAAUAAUCUUUUUUUUGUAAUUUUUUUUUCUAAUUACUUUAAUAACGAUAGUUGGGUAAAAUAACAAACAACAGUAAUACUAAUAAUAUUAAUGAAUGUUGAUGGUAAUAAUGGUAUUAGUAACUAUUGUUAUUGUUUGUGUUGCAUUACAGACGCGCCGUGCGCGGCGUCCGUUACGCGCGUUUUCGUAAUUUUCGAAAUACCGCGUUGCCGGUUACCGGUUGCCGGCCCGCCAUUUUUUAACCCCCGGCGUACGAACAUGUCCUCAUCACACCGGCCGGUCGCGCCGGCUGCCUCGUUCAUGGCAACCGUAGCCGUGGUCACUCGAAAUAGUUUUAUUUCUAUAUACCUAAUAUUUCGAUCUACAAUUACGGAGGGGAGAAAAAACACAUUUUUGACAUUGUAAUUUUUGUCGUAUAUCACGCUUUAAAUUUUUUUCUAUACUUUUUAUUGAUGGCCACAAUGUCUUCGACAAGAUACCUUCACCAUCAUCAUCAUUAUGAUUAUUAUUAUUAUCGUCCCCCGAUAAUUUUUAACGACGCGCGCCGUUUUUGUUUCCGGCGGUGUUGUUUACCCGGUCUCUUUUCCAACCCCCUACUUCUCGACGGCGCGCACACCGUGUCAGCGUCGGUGUACAACUGUGGCACCCCCGCCAUGACCGUUGCCACCACCACUGCUCUCGGUAACCGUUUGUUUUCUCGUCUGCGGUUUUCCAUUUAUUUAUUAUUUCACGUUGACCACCAAAUAUCGUGUAAUUAUUUACUGCACACUGGCGGCGCUGAUAUUGUUAUUUAUAAUAAUGUUAAUUAUUACUAUCGCGCACGAUUAUUAUAACUAUUUGUAGUCGCGCAUCGCGGUUAUUAUUUUCGUAGCUUAUGCCUUGGCCGAUAUCGCGUACACGCCAUAUACUUGAAACGCGCCGCCGCCACCGCCGGUUUUCCGUAGCGGUCGGCGACUUACCGGCAUGAGGUGGCUGUCGUCGUCCUCUUCCUUCUCCUCCUUUCGUCCCGGUCGGCAAACGCGUGUUUUCCGCGAGUUACGCGGGACAAGACGCUCGUCAGCGGGCGCGAUAAUGUCGUAUCUUCUCUGUGUUAUUUGGUGGGAAGGGGAGAUUCAUUAUUAUCUAUAAAUAUUACGUGUGUGCCGUAGCGUAUGCGUGUGUGUAGUUGCCGCUCGCUUCGGUAACGAUCAUGGUUACAGAUAUAUAACCGCGGUAACGACUAACGACGCGUCGGUUCCAUGUAAUAUUUGAAAAUACCGACCGCCAUAACAUUACGUCCGUUUCCACAUUGGUGUGCAUCGUAUCUUUUGGAUACGGCCUAAUAAAUAUUCAUUUUUUUUUUUAUUGCACUUCGCCAUCUUGUUCACACGGAAUGCGGUUUUUUGUGUUAUUCAUAACUUGAAUAUUCUACACGUCUCGAAAUAAUCUAUAAGUUAUCAAAUAUAUAUUUUCAAAACGCUUUCGAGAACCCCAAGAAUAUACCCAAAAAAGGCACCGUGCAUAAUUUUGUUCUUCGAUUUAUAAUAUUAUAAAAUAGAUUGUUUUUUUAUUAUUAUUUAAUAAUCUUUAUUCACUCGAAUACAGUUAAUAAAUAGGUUAGGUAUGACAAAACAAAAUAUUAAUAUUUUUAUCUUGUGUAAACUAGUUCAAAUUAAUAGUACUUUGGAAAAUAUUAAAAACUAAAAAGUUUUUCUUAUGCAAAGUUAAAAUAUCAUAAAAAAAAAAAAAAAAAACCAUUUCACAUUAAGUUAUGCAUAUGCGUAUAUAUUACCAAUGUUACAAUAACAUAAUAACUCUUUCAAUAACUGAUUAUAUUAUUGUUAUGAAAUAUAUGGAUAAAUUUAAAAAAAAAAUGUUGAUUAGAUUGAACUUAUAAACAGGGUCUGAUCGUUAAUCCAUUUUUCUCAGUCUGCAGAAAAAAUAAAGAUAAUAUAAAGUAAUAAUUAUUCAUUAACCAUUCGUCAUGGAUAACAUAACUAUCAGUUAUUUUGUUUGUAAAUGUAGCUUGUACUGUAUUUUACAUUUUGUGAUUGUUAUGAAUUUAUAAAAAUAAUUAAUAGAAAACUAUUAUUCUAUAAUAUAGGACAAAUCAGAAGAAGUAAAAAAAUUGAAAAAAGAAGAGAAUGGUGAGGAAGACCUGGAUGAGGAAGAUGAACCUGAAGGUGACGAGGAAGAAGAAGAAGAGUUUGCUGAAGGCGAAGAAGAUCUAGAAGAAACUGUCGGUAUGUGUUAAUAAAUUAGUUCACUUUGAAUAUCUAGAUUUUUUUUUGUAAACAAAUUUUUUUUCAGGUUGUUCAGAUGAAGAAGAUGAUGAAGCCGACGGUGUAGAAGAAGAGGACGAUUAAAGAAGAUGUAAACACUGACAUAAUGUACAAUUUGAACAAGUCCCUUAAUUUUAUAUAAUUUAUACAUAGUGCCGCAUAUUCUCGGUAACUCCGUUUGAUAGAAAUUUAUUUCAAAAUGUAAUUUUUUUUAUUCAUGGUAUAUGUUAAAAUCAAAGCUUUUUUGCUACUGAGUGACUAAGGCGAAAUUAGCUUUUUUUUUUAAAUUUUAAAACACGAUAUUCCUACUAAUUUGUCUUGUGUACAUGUUCUAAGUCUCUAGUCACUCACUAUCAGUCAAGUUUUAAGCAUGUACUUGUGAAUAAAAAGUUUCUAAACUUUAGGUAACAUUUCAUUGGAAUACUUAAAACUAACUCGACCUCUGAUUUAUUUACAUUAUGGUUUUUUUUUAUACAUAUAUAUAUAUAUAUAUAUGUAUAUAUAUAUAUAUAUACAUGCAAUAAUUUUUUUUUCCUGUUUUUGAAUAAAAAUGAAUACAAUUUAAGUCUUAAGUAAAUAAUAUAUGUAAUACUUACAAAAUACAAAUGUGAAAUUUGAAUUGUAAUUUAGUUCAUAGGUGUGUCUUCUAAAUAAACAAAUAAAUUAAUAAAUAUAUAUAUAUAUAUAAUACACAUUAAUAUACAUAUAUAUAUAUAAUUAUUAUCGUUUACAAUUUAAGCUACUUUUGUAUAAAAUUUUGAUUAAAUAAUAAGAUAAUCAAAUAAGUGUCUCGUGUUGGUUUUUUAUUUUGUAUUCUCCGCGUGUUUCAAAGUUUAGGAAAAAAUAAUAAUUUUUUUGUUUCUCAUUCCAACUAAAUAAUUUUUUUUAAGAACUUUUAGCCACUGAAAAUAUGUUUUAAGUUAACAUUUAAUAAAUAAUUAAAACAAAUUGUAAUGUCAAUUUAUUUUACCUCAUUUAAGUAAAAUAAGUAUCUAUAUAUACGUAUGUGUCUAUUUUUUUUGUUAGACUGUAUUAUUUGUAGUCUACAAUCAUUUUUCGUUGUAAAUAUUUCUAGUACAAUAAUGUAUAGAUUGUUAUUAAUAAUCUUAAUACAUAUUGUCAGUUGCUGCUAUGGCUCAGCAUUUAGUCUUUACUCAUUUAACAGUGUUCUAUUGCCAUUACUGUGACCAGUUAUUUAAUACCUUAAUUCAGUGCUCAAAUUGGGGGUUUCAUUUUAGCGCGAUAAUUCAUUUAAUUAAGGAACCUUUUCAUAGGAAUCAUCCAUAUUUGUUCAGAACUAUGGGUUUUAAAUUCUAAUCUGAAAUUAAAAUUUGAUUAAUCGUAUCUCUUUUGGAUAUAGGAAAAAAAAAAGUAAAAGUAUAAAAAAUUGUUUCAUAUACUCUUGGUUUACUGUUUAUCUGCUAAAGAAGAUGGUUUCUAAACUAAAACCAGCUACUAUCCUUAUUUUUCUCCCAAUUUGAGCAUUAAUUGAUUAAUCUUAGAUUAUUUGUUAUAAUAUAUUAACAAAAACUUAAUGUCUAAGAAAAACCAUAUGAGUGGGUGUAUUUGUCAUUCAAUUCCAAUAUUAUUACUUAUCCAUUUCCUGAAUAAACUCAAUAAAAUUCUAAUUAAUUUUGUUUACAGAGAUUUUGGAUUUGUAAUAAAUGAGUUUGUACUAAAAUAUUCAUAACUAAGAUAUAUUUUGUUAUUUAUAAAUCGUAAUAAUACAAAAUUGUAAAGUAAGAAUAUGUUA